AGGUACGAUAUUGUAACUUUUUAGGAAAACCAGUUAAUUUUCCGUGAAUUAUUUUUUUCGGUAUCAUGAUAAAAAAAAAACGCCAAACCGGUGGAUAGAACAACAAAUCCCCUGAGGGGGCGUGGACUGGCGGGUGGUGCUGAACUCUGCGGAAGCGGAAGUCGUCGUCGUCGUGUCUUCUCGCCGCGUCUCCUCGAAGAAUCCUGGCCAUCUACCCGGUGGGGAGCUCUUCUUCCUCAGGUGUAGGAUCUGGUUUCUGAACACCCUGAGUCAAUGCAGUCAUUGGGGAGAUAAAGCUUCAAGGAUGUGCUCUCUCUGAACCAACCUUAUAGAGAAAUACUUUUCGCGUCACAUACUCUGCUGAAGACACCAUGACGUCCUCUAUGCUCCGCCGCCAGCUGAAGAACCUGGUCCAGAACUACUCUGAGGCAGAGGUCAAGGUGAGAGAGGCGACGUCUAAUGACCCGUGGGGCCCGUCCAGCUCUCAGAUGGCUGACCUCUCUGAUCUGACCUACAACGUGGUGGCCUGCAAUGAGAUCAUGACGAUGCUUUGGAAGCGCCUGAAAGACGACAAGAACUGGAGACACAUCCACAAGUCCCUGACACUGCUGGAGUACCUGCUGAAGACUGGUGACGACCGUGUGCUUCUGCAAAUGAAAGAGAACAUCUACAUCGUCAAAGCCCUCACAGAGUAUCGCUUCGUAGAAAAGGAUGGCAAAGAUCAGGGUGGAAACGUGAGAGAGAAGGCCAAAGUUGUCCUUGUUCUCAUGGAAGAUGAUGAUAAACUAAAGGAGGAGAGAGACUUUGCUGUCAAGACCAGGGAGAAGACUUCCAAAAAUGCUGCUGCCUCAUCUACUGACGCUAUCAAGGAUCCAAACUACAAGCCAUGCUACGUCGUUGGGGCCCCAGGGCUUCCUUCCUUAGACAACAUACCUUCAGUUGCCGACUUGACCGCUUCCUUCGCCGCCCGCAAAGAGGAGCGUUUAAAGCAGGAGGCGGAGAAGAGAGACAAGGAGAGGAGGGCCAAGAUGAGUGAAGAGGAGCUGAAAUGGGAGGAUGCCGGCAAGGGCAAUGAUGAAAAAGGUGCUUGGGGAGGAGCGAAAGCAGAGGAACAGGAGCAGGAGGAGGAAGUCAAGGUAAAACCAGAUGCUUGGGGAGCCCCGACAGAACCUAAGGAAGCUGCAGAUCCAUGGGGCACAACCACUAAGCCUGAUGCAACUGAUACAGCCGCCAUCGGCGAUCCUUGGGGGGCUCCGACCAAAACUGAUAAAGAUGCUUUUGCUGCUCCAAAGAAGGGAGGAGAUCCUUUUGCAACACCAAACGACCACCAGUUCAACUCCGCAAAAGAUAGUUCAGACCCCUUCAAUGCACCCAAAGACAAGGACGAUCCAUUUAGUGCUCCAAAGGAUAAACCAGAUCUGUUUAAUUCAUCAAACGACGAUCCCUUCACGGCGCCCAAGGACGAUCCCUUCACGGCCCCCAAGGACGAUCCCUUCACGGCGCACAAGGACGAUCCCUUCACGGCGCCCAAGGACGAUCCCUUCACGGCGCCCAAGGACGAUCCCUUCACGGCGCCCAAGGACGAUCCCUUCACGGCGCCCAAGGACGAUCCCUUCACGGCGCCCAAGGACGAUCCCUUCACGGCGCCCAAGGACGAUCCCUUCACGGCCCCCAAGGACGAUCCCUUCACGGCCCCCAAGGACGAUCCCUUCACGGCGCCCAAGGACGAUCCCUUCACGGCGCCCAAGGACGAUCCCUUCACGGCGCCCAAGGACGAUCCCUUCACGGCGCCCAAGGACGAUCCCUUCACCGCCCCCAAGGACGAUCCCUUCACCGCCCCCAAGGACGAUCCCUUCACCGCCCCCAAGGACGAUCCCUUCACCGCGCCCAAGGACGAUCCCUUCACGGCCCCCAAGGACGAUCCCUUCACGGCCCCAGCAUCAACGCCCCCUAAAGAUGACCCCUUUGCUGCACCAACACCUCCCAAAGAGGAUCCUUUCUCUGCAUCAUCCCCUACAGAAAAGGACUCCUUUGUUGCACCAUCAACACUCCCAAAAGAGGAUCCAUUCAAAGAGCCAUUCAGUCCACCCAAAAGUGAUGAGUCCGAUCCCUUCAAUGCCCCUCUACUGAGCUCGCCUCAAGACUCUGCAGAUGCAUGGGGAGCCCCUGCUAGCUCUCCACCCAUUGAUGGGUCACAUACAUGGGGGGUGCAAUCUGCUCUAAAGGAAACAAAGGGUGAAGACCCCUGGGGGGAUGGGACAAGCACCUUCUCACCUGUUGAUAAUUCUGAUGCAUUUGAAGAUGCAUCCAAACUGGACAAUGACCCAUGGGGAGCUCCAGCUGCAGCUCCGGUCAGCACAGAUGAUGCUUGGGGUUCACCUGCCCCCCCCGUGGCCUCCUCCCCGUCUAGUGAUCCGUUCGGCGACGGCGGGUCCAAAACAGGUGAUCCUUGGGGUGCGCCAAGCAACGCACCUAGCAACGGGGCAGGAGGGGGACUGGCGCAGGAGGAGAAGGCGUGUAGAAAGACUGCUUUGUUUCUGGGCUCUGCGGCGGCGCUUGUUGACUUGGACAAUCUAUUUUCUUCUAAUCCCGAACCCAUGCGGCGACCCGUCGCCAGCACGCUCCUCGCCCAGACGCACGCCGCCGGUAAGGAAGGACGAGCCGCGUCGCUCUGGCUGACAAUAACCGCAAUAAAGGCUUCGUGUGGGAGCGCUUGCUUCAAAUGGAUGCAUGACCAACUUCAGACUGGAUAUUCCCUGAGACACACUAAUAAUUGGGGAUGAUGAUUCCGAUUCAUUCCACUACGGUUUAGCUCAAGUCCAGAAAGCGAGGCGGGAGAGAUCGUAUACAUGACAAGUUAAUAUUGAGCAAUAGGUUUGAAUGGAAAAGAUUACUGUAAUCAUCCCCCCCCCCCCUCCCCCCACCUGUUCUCUCGCUGUGGUGCGUGUGUAUGUGUGUUAGUGGCCUAUUGAAGUUUAGUGUAGAACCCCAGUGUACAUUAACCAGCCGAGAUGUAAAUCUUCUCACCCUCUCUCCCUUCUGCUCUGGUGCAUUUUCUCUUUGCUGGAAUACUUUAACCCCCCCCCCAUCCUGCUGUUGCUCCCUCCUAAUUUCCCAGGCGCUCUCAAAGCCAGAGGCAUGACAUAUGGCCCUGUGGCAGCAGCAGGUUUUUCCCUUCAUGAAACCUUCGGGGAACCUUCCGCCCAUUUUGGAGCUGCUAAUCCUUUCAGUGAGACUCCCUUAGUUCAGCUACCGUCCCACGCCACAGGAGUUUCUCACUCGGUCUUUGACACUCCCCCGCGUUCAGCCACUGGAGUGGUACAAUCCGUGUCUCUAGUGGGGAACCCCUUCAAAGACUCCCCCUCAAUGGGAACAGGAAUGGAUCCGUCCCGUUUCUUUGGAGGACAUUGCCAAGCAGGGGUGGCUCAUUGGGGAGAAACCACUCAACGGGCCGGGGGGAGAGUCCCCCUCGACGGGUCGGCUGACCCGGAGAAAAGAACCAACAAUCCGUUCCUGUUGUGACAGCUCGACGUGGAACAUUCCAGAUGAAUCCGAUACAUCGAAGGACCGCACUUGGUGGUUUUACAUGUUUUUGUACACUAAAUGUAUGUUUCGCUACCAUUUUUCCAAUUACAGACCACAGAUAAUGUCUUAAUAUUUUUUUACGCCUUACAAUAUAACCAAAUGGUAUUUCACUCACUUUUUCUUGAAGUAGCAACAUUUGGCUAAAACAUGCAAAACCACUUGUAUGAUCCCUUAAUUCAACCCAUCAUUUCCUCUGCUAAGACCUGCUGACUCGUUAAAAAGAUAAACACACAAAACGUGUGUGAAAUGAUUUUUGAAUCGGAUUUAUUCACUCGGCCAUCCUUCUUUUCCCCGUGGCACGAGUCGGGGGAAGCAGAGAGCAUCUUAACUGUGAAUCUCUGUGGAAAUACUGAAGAGUUUCUGUAGAUGUGAGACCUGAACAGGACUGAGACCCCACUGCAGGUUUGUGUGUGUGUGUGUGUGUGUUCAGUAUAAAUUGUGCUGAUGUAAAUAGUGGAAGUAAUCACAGAUGAACCUUGAAAUAUACUGUAUAUUAGUGUUAAAAUCCUGAAUAUGUAUUUAUUGAUGUCUAUGGGAAGGAAGUGAACCUUUGGAGGACGAGAAGUGUUCAGUCAGGCUUGAUCCAAUUAUUUAAUGAUACUUUAAAGACAA